AUGUCCAUCAUGUCACUAACCAAGCGUCGCAAGAUCUAUGCCACCUCUGAGGAGCGCAAGCAGCGCAACCGGCAGGCCCAGGCUGCCUUUCGAGAGCGCCGCACCGAGUACAUCAAGCAGCUCGAGACGACCAUCAAGCACCACGAGGACGCGCUGCAGAAUCUCCAGCAGAGCCACCGCAGUGCCGCUGACGAGUGCCUAAUGUUGCGCUACAAGAACUCGCUCCUCGAGAGAAUCUUGCUCGAAAAAGGCAUCGAUGUGCAGGCUGAGCUCCGCGCAAAGACGAGCAGCCCCAAUCUGGGCCCGACUCGAGCACCAGCAUCGACCGUGGCCUCUCCUAACCAGCCCCCCAUCCAACGUGCCAUAAUGAACCGACACCAGCAGGCUCGCCGCUCCAUUGGCGCGUCUGGCGGGUCGCAGAAGCCAGAAGGUGUGCAUGGUCUGCCAGUACUUCAGCCCGAUGGCGCUCUUCCAAACCGUUCACCACUGUCGCAGCCCACCCCAAGCUCCCACUUGUCUUCCCCGUCCACCACCGCGACUCGAUCCCCGAACUUUGUGCCGCAAAUUGGCAGCGCCAUCUCGCCCAAUUUUGGCCCGGUAGGUCAUCAACAGCAGCAUUUGCGACCGCAACAGCCGCCUAGGUCUCAGUAUACGCCGUUGCUGGCCCCGCAGCGCCCCUCGGUAAUCACCAACCACGCUCCAUCGAGCGGUCUUUCAAGUGCGUCCACUAUUGAUUCCGUGAGUACAGAGCAAGAGUACGACGAGCAAGCCGAUAUGCUCGACGACCAAGAUCCCAGCGAUCAAUCCGCGGGCCCCGGCCCCUUUCCGCAAACGUUCCCGCCCUCGACGCAAAUGCAGCAGCAAAGCAUGCAGCCCCCGAUGCAGAACGCUGCGCAGAACCCCGCGAACCAGCGGUAUCAGUCCCCGGCCGCAAUGCAACCCGCUGAUGCGAAUGGUGCCGGCGCCGUGUUCGGCACCAUGAACCACCUCUUCGACCCCUACGACCCGAUGCUGGACGCCGACCCGUUCGGAUUGUCGGCAAGCAUGCACUUCCCGACCCAGUUCACGUAUGAGUCGAGGUGA